CGCUCAUGGCCGUCUCGAGCGCUUGCUUCCCUUUUGUUCGCUGUGAUCUCGCAUUAUUCUCUUCACAAUGAGUCCCUUCUAAUUUUACACCGUUUCUCUUGGCUUUUAUCUACCGAUUCCUUUCUGAACCAGAGGGAAAAGUCACGGCACUUCAGCCAUGAGGGGUUCAGCCAAGUGUGGGGUUUCACCGCACGGCAGCAUGUAGCCCAAGUUAGGGCAGCUGCUCUUCGUGUGACAGUCAGCUGCGCUGACACUACAAGCGAAAACGACGGUUAUUUUUCGUGCGCGCGACUUCGUAUUCGCCGCACGUCACCGUGAGGCGCAGCGGUCGCUGCGUGACGUCACCACGCUACAGGUCUGUGCAGCUGUCAGGACCGGACGUUGCUACUCCACCUGCCCAUGCUGCUUAUUGGCGCCCAGUGAGCACACAUGUUUAAACAGCACUGAGAAGAGCUGCUUCAUACCUGUUUGAAGAGAUGAAGUCCAGUGCUGUAAUGAACUGUGAUGUAAGAAAGUUGCAAUGUUAGGCUACCUGCGGUUACUUACCCAUGAUGUAAGCUGCACAGUUACGUCCCUGCAGUAGCCAUUGGCAUCAUGGGACUGGAUUUUGACGUGAAGACCUUUUGUCACAACUUGAGGGCUACCAAGCCCCCAUAUGAGUGCCCUGUGGAGAGUUGCCGCAAGGUGUACAAGAGCUAUAGUGGCAUUGAGUACCACCUAUACCAUUAUGACCACGACAACCCACCUGCACUCCAGGGCAUGCCGCAGCGUAAGCGGAAGGGCCGCCCACCGCGAGUUUCGGGAGUGGGGCUGGAGGACGGGGAUGGGGGUGGAGACAAGGGCAGUGGUGCAGGCUGUGGUCCCCAGGGCACUAUCCCUGGGAGCCCUGGGCGCUCAGAGCGCUCGCACUCCCCGGGCCGGGAAGCCAUGACCUAUGCUGAGGCCCAACGUAUGGUGGAGCUGGAGAUCCAUGGUAAAGUGCACCGCAUCAGCAUCUUUGAGAGCCUGGAUGUAGUGUCAGAGGAUGAAAGCGGCACUGAAGACACACCCCCAUCGGCAGCUGGUUGCAAUGGUGUGGAAAGCGGUACAGGGAGUGAGGCGGGAGCUGGCAGCAGCAAGGACCGGCCAGACACCCCCGCAGCCAACGGCGGCAAGGGCGCUGCCACUCCCAAAUCCGGCAAGCACAAGAGCAAAGAGAAGAAGAAGGAAGGGGGAUCUGCUCACCAUCACAGUCUUGCCACCGGGCCUGCGGUAAAGCUUCCUGAGGUGGUGUACCGUGAACUGGACCAGGAGAGGCCCGACGCACCACCACGGCCUUCUUCGUACUACAGGUACAUAGACAAGUCACUGGAGGAGUUGGAUGAAGAAGUGGAGUAUGACAUUGAUGAGGAGGACUACAUCUGGCUGGACAUUAUGAACGACAAGAGGCGAAGCGAUGGUGUUGCUCCCAUUCCCCAGGAGGUGUUUGAGUACCUCAUGGAUCGUCUGGAGAAAGAGUCCUAUUUUGAAAGCCACAAUAAGGCUGAUCCGAGUUCCCUGAUUGACGAGGACGCCGUAUGCUGCAUCUGCAACGACGGCGAGUGCCAGAACAGCAAUGUCAUCCUCUUCUGUGACAUGUGCAACCUGGCCGUGCACCAGGAGUGCUACGGCGUGCCCUACAUCCCUGAGGGCCAGUGGCUGUGCCGCCGCUGCCUGCAGUCACCGUCCCGUGCUGUCGACUGUGCUCUCUGCCCCAACAAGGGCGGUGCCUUCAAACAGACGGACGAUGCACGUUGGGCCCACGUAGUCUGUGCCCUGUGGAUCCCAGAGGUAUGUUUUGCCAACACAGUGUUCCUUGAGCCCAUUGACAGUAUUGAACACAUACCCCCGGCCCGCUGGAAACUCACUUGCUACAUCUGCAAGCAGCGAGGCUCUGGGGCAUGUAUACAGUGCCACAAGGCCAACUGCUACACAGCCUUUCAUGUCACCUGCGCCCAGCAAGCUGGUCUGUACAUGAAGAUGGAGCCUGUGAGGGAGACGGGGGCCAACGGCACCUCCUUCAGUGUACGCAAGACGGCAUACUGUGACAUUCACACCCCGCCUGGGUCCAUGCGGCCGAUGGCAGGCAUAGGUGGCGCCAGCCUGAACUCGUCUCACAGUGAAGGUGAGCUGGAGGAUGAUGAUGACCCAGGCCCCCACGAUGAGGACUCGAAAGGCUGGAGUUCCGAAAGGGUGAAACGUGCCAAAGCCAAGUCGCGUCUCAAAAUGAAGAGGGCUCGGAAGAUCUUAGCCGAGAAAAGAGCAGCUGCCCCAGUGGUGUCAGUGCCCUGCAUCCCUCCGCACAGGCUCAGCAAGAUUACCAGUAGCCUGACAGUCCAAAGGAAGAGCCAGUUCAUGCAGCGACUGCACAGCUACUGGACCCUAAAGAGGCAAAGUCGCAAUGGAGUCCCGCUGCUGCGCCGGCUGCAAACGCACCUGCAGUCGCAGCGCAACACCGAGCAGAUCCCCGCUCGGGACAGCGAGGAGAAGCAGGCAGCCCUAAAGGAGCAGCUGAAGGCUUGGCAGCGCCUCAGGCACGACCUGGAGAGGGCCAGGCUGCUGGUGGAGCUCAUCCGCAAGAGAGAGAAGCUCAAGAGGGAGACGAUCAAGGUGCAACAACUAGCUCUGGAGAUGCAGCUGACGCCCUUCCUCAUCCUGCUGCGCAGCACACUGGAGCAGCUGCAGGACAGAGACACCAGCCACUUUUUUGCGGAACCUGUGCCGCUGACCGAGGUGCCCGAUUACCUGGACCACAUUGAAAGGCCAAUGGACUUUCAGACCAUGUGGAAUUUGCUUGAGUCUCACCGCUACCUCAGUUUUGAGGCAUUUGAGGCUGAUUUUGGCCUCAUAGUUAACAACUGCCUCAAGUACAACGCCAAGGACACAGUGUUCUAUAAGGCAGCACUGCGCUUGAGGGAGACUGGGGGUGCUGUGCUCCGCCAGGCCCGCCGCCAGGCUGAAAGGAUUGGCUUCGACUACGAAACCGGCAUGCACCUUCCCCGAGAGCCCAACUGCGAGCCCUCGCGGGACAGGGAGCGCGAGCGGGAGAGAGACAGAGAGAGGCUGCCACCCUCAGAAGAUGACCUGCUCUUGCCUGAGAACCGGCGGCGCCUCCCACUGGAGGAGCAGUUGCGCUUGCUGCAGGCACGUUUUGAUGAGGUGAGUGCAGGCAAGCACAGCAUCGGGCGCUCGCGGCGCGCCAAAGCCCUGCGCAAGGAGAUGACUGUCAUCAAGCGCAAGCUAGCCCACCAGCGAGAGGGCGGAGCAAUCAUUGGCCCACGGGAAACUGCAGGCGGAGGCGAUCGAAUACCUGCGUUGCCCCACCUCCACACGUCCACCACCCCUCGCCAUGAGGAGGGAGGAGAGAGCAGCAGCCAUGAGAUCAAAGAUCUGAAUGUCUCUUCUGCCAUGGCCCCAGAAGUGGGACGUCGCACCUCUGUCCUGUUCUCCAAGAAGAAUCCCAAAACUGCCGGACCACCCAAAAGACCUGGCAGGCCCCCGAAAAACCGUGACACAGCCCAUGGCGGACCUGGUGUUAGCCCCAGCCCCGUGGGGCCUCCUCAGCUGCCCCUGCUCUCCUCCCCCCGGCCGAGGAAGAGGACGCGUAGUCCCGGCACGAGCUCCAGCUCAGAAAGUGACAGUGACAACGAUGAGCUCAUGCUGGGCUUGCCCAGCAAUGGGUUUGAUGGUGGCAACCAGCCGGUGACAGAGAGCUUCCGUGUGUACAGGAACGAGCGCAGCCUGCCUCGCUCCAGUUCUGACUCAGAGUCCUCCACCAGCAGCAGCAGCAGCGCUGCAUCUGAUCGCACCAGCACAACUCCGUCAAAGCAGGGCAGGGGCAAGCCCUCGUUCUCCCGCUCAGCCUUCCAAGAAGACAGCAGUGAGGACACAUCUGGGACCGAGAAUGACUCCUACUCUGUGGGCGGGGGACGAGGCAUGUCGCACAUGGUGCGUGGCCGGGGCAGGUCUGGCUGCUGGAUGACCUCAGAUGAUUACACGUCGCUAGAUGCUUUGGACCUGGUGUGGGCCAAGUGUCGAGGAUACCCAUCAUACCCUGCUCUGAUCAUAGACCCCAAGAUGCCCCGUGAGGGCGUGUUCCAUCGGGGGGUACCCAUCCCUGUCCCACCUGUGGACGUGCUGAAGCUGGGUGAGCAGAUGACCCAGGAGGCCCGUGAGCAUCUCUUCCUUGUGCUGUUCUUUGAUAACAAGAGGACCUGGCAGUGGUUGCCCCGUUCCAAGCUGGUCCCUCUGGGCGUGGACCAGGAACUGGACAAGGAGAAGAUGAUGGAAGGUCGGAAGUCCAACAUUCGGAAGUCAGUGCAGGUCGCCUACCAUCGGGCGAUGCAGCAUCGUAACAAGGUGCAAGGGGUCCCCAGCAGCGACACAAGUGACACUGACUGACACUUCCCCUUCUCUCUGACUCUCUUUCCUUCUGUCACAUACAAGCACACCAGCACUGUGAACAAGCACAGGUCAACGGGCACUUUCUUUUUGGAAGCUCAAAAACUACUGUGAUAUGGACAUAGUCAUGUGUGGUCUGACAGACACACACACACACACACACACACAGCUGGUAUAUGUCCACUGGACCAGAAGAGACCACACACAGCUUCAGAACUAUCCAGUAUACACUCCUCUGUGUCCCAUGUGGGCCACAACAUACCCUCCCAUCAUGUCUGUGACACAGAUACUUCCCUGCAGGACUGACAGUGGGGAAUAGUGAUGCAGGAAUGAAAAUGAAGACGAAAACAGAAAUGAAAAAUAUUUAUUGGUGUCUCGUGAGAAAAAUGGCCAUUGCUUGUUGUGCUGCAUUCUCCAGGCUGUAGUAUAAUGCUGCUGUGUGUUUAACAUGAUGUUGUGGUACAUACUGUGUAGCAUGUCAGUGUUUCUACCGCAGAGCAGUUUCCUUUUGCUGAGAAAUGGUCCUCGUUCCUACGGUCCUCUCCUUCUUCCACUUCUUUUUCUCAACACUUAACAUUAAAAUACACCCACAAAUUACACUGCAGGUGUGUGUACUGUAAUUAAGGGGUAGUGGAUACUCUACAGCGCCCCCCAGUGUUGAAUAGGCCCCAUCACCUGCUUUUGUGUUUGUGCUUGGACCCGUGCUCAACUGAAUUGCAGCCCUGUUGCAGAGCUCAGUGCCCCAUGUGACCAAGGAUGCAUGUCCCAAAAGCACAGGAGGAGGGCAUCAUUUUUUCCCUGUUUACAUAAGCAAACUUUUUUUCUUCAAGAUGUACAUUUUUUUUAAAACUAAGUUGGGGUUUAAAAACUAAUACUGUAUGGUGGAAAACCAAACUGCAAUUUAAAAGUUUGCUCUGUUAGCUUUAGUGUGUCAGUUUUUCUAUUGCAUGUAGAUUAUCUGCUGCAGAGCUGCAACUGUAAUAAGAAUUCUGCAAUAACACAUAUACAUACAUACAUACAUACAUACAUACAUACACACACAGUUCCACCCUAGUAUGUUGUCAUUGAGCAGUUACACACACAAUUACUCCAUCAAUGUUGUAAUACAAAUCCCAUGGUCAAGUGUGUAAUCAUGCAUGCUGUCCUGGUUGAAGAGUCCCAGCAGGAGCUCACCACUCACCUUACGGUGCCGAUGACAACAUGACGGCACGUGUCCAAAACGUGUGCUUUGCCUUCGGGAAACUGAAGACGAGUCAUUUGCGAUCAUUGUAUUAUUUAUUAUGCCACUGAAUCCUAUCAUGACCCUCACUGGAUGUGAGAGCCUCAGUUUUUGCACUGUGGGGAUGAUGUUUGUCAGUAAUAUUUUUGAUGUUCUCACCCCACACCUCCUCAUGUGCAGUGGAACAAUCGGGUGAACUGGUGAAUAAUGUUAAUGUAUAACUGAAUGUGGAUAUAGAAAAUAGAAAAUAUAAGGCAGCCCCCCUGCUGAGGGCACUAAUGACACCGAGAGCUAUCAGAGCAUUUGGUUUGUCCUAGUUUCA